AUGUUCGCUGUCUCUCGUUCUUCCCUUUUGGCCUCUCGUGCCGCCUUUACUCGCAGUUUCGCUGCCGUCCAAACCGCCGACAAGCACACUUUGGUCCUGGUUCGUCACGGUGAAUCCACAUGGAACUUGGAAAACAAGUUCACUGGAUGGUAUGACUGUCCUCUUUCUGAAAAGGGAAAAGAGGAAGUCGUCGAAGCCGGUCAACUUAUCCUGAAGGAGGGAAUCAAGGCCGAUAUUGCCCACACUUCCAUGUUGAAGCGUGCCAUUCGUACCUUGUGGGCUGUCCUAGAAGAAUCUGAUCGUAUGUGGAUCCCCAUCUCCAACGCUUGGGAACUUAAUGAACGUCACUACGGUGCCCUGCAAGGAUUGGACAAGCAAGAAACCGUCGACAAGUACGGAAAGGACCAAGUCUUGCAAUGGCGUCGUUCUUACGACAUUCCUCCACCAAUCGUCGAUACUACCAGUGAACAUCACCCUGCCAGUGACGAGCGAUAUGCCGCAUCCACUUUCCCGGAGGAGUUUACUGAAUCUUUGGCCACCACUUUGGACCGUGUCGUCCCUUACUACAACGACAAGAUUGUUCCUGAAUUGAAGGAGGGAAAGACUGUCUUGAUUGCCGCCCACGGAAACUCUCUGCGUGCUUUGGUGAAGCAUUUGGAUGGCAUUGAUGAGUCAACGAUUGCUGAACUCAACAUCCCCACCGGAACUCCUUUAGUGUACGAGCUGGACGAAGACCUCAAGGUCAUCCCACAAGCAGGUGCCAUCUCACCUCUUCAAGGACGUUACUUGGGUGACCAAGAUGCCAUCCGUGCCCGUAUCGAAGGUGUCAAGAACCAAACCAAGUAA